AUGGCCGCACCAAGCGUGCAGGCAGGCUACUCGGGCGCACACGGCAACCCUCCGCCGCCGCCGCCUCUCACCAUGGCCGGCGGACCUCCACAACAAGGCCCGUCGGUGCUCCAAAUCCUCGCCAUGGGCCAGGAGCGCAACCAUGCUGCAGACGCCAUGGCGCAUCAUCCGCGUAUCGAGUCGCUCGUCAAGCUCGGCAAGGAGGCCGAGGCCACUUGGUUGCAGAUUGGCCAAACCGCCGAAGCAGUAGGCGACCUCGACCGCGCCAUCGCAGCAUACGAAUCCGCCCUGCGCCACAACGCCUACUCCGUCGUCGCACUCUCACAGAUCGCAGCUAUCUGUCGCUCGAGGGAGGAGUUCAAGAAGGCGGCCGAGUACUUUGGGAGGGUCGUUGGGAUCGCACCGGAGAGCGGAGAUGUUUGGGGAGCGUUGGGACACUGCUACCUCAUGAUCGACGACCUCAAGAAGGCGUACAGCUCGUACCAGCAAGCGCUCUACUACAUGCCGAAUCCUCACGAGCCGAAACUGUGGUACGGAAUCGGGAUCUUGUACGACCGCUACGGAAGCCUAGAGCAUGCGGAAGAAGCGUUCUCGAGCGUGAUCCGGAUGGACCCGAACUUUGAGAAGGCGAAUGAGAUCUUCUUCCGGCUCGGGAUCAUCUACAAGCAGCAGCGCAAGUCGGCGCAGAGUCUCGAGUGCUUCCGCUACAUCCUCAACAACCCGCCUCGACCGCUCACCGAAAUCGACAUCUGGUUCCAGAUUGGCCACGUCUACGAGCAGCAGAAAGAUUUCAUCGCGGCGAAGGAGUCGUACGAGCGCGUCUUGCAGGAGAAUCCGGCGCAUGCCAAGGUCCUGCAGCAACUCGGAGGGCUGUAUCAUCGCUCCAGGGCGCCGUUCUAUAACCCCGAGGUGUCGGUGCAGAUCUUGACCAAGUCCCUCGAGUCGGACCCGAACGACCCGUUCUCGUGGUACCUCCUCGGCCGGGCGUACAUGACGACCAACAACUUUGGCAAGGCGUACGAGGCGUACCAGCAAGCCGUCUACCGGGACGGGAAGAACCCCGCGUUCUGGUGCUCGAUCGGCGUCCUCUACUACAACAUCAACCAGUUCCACGACGCCCUCGACGCCUACUCGCGCGCAAUCCGGAUACACCCUUACCUCGGCGAAGUGUGGUUCAACCUCGGCGCGCUGUACGAGGCGUGCAACGACCAGAUGACGGACGCCAUCGACGCGUACCAGCGAACGCUCCAGCUCGACCCGUCCAAUCAGGCUGUCGCGCAGCGCUUGCGCGAGAUUCGCGAACACCAAGCCAGCGGCGCACCGCUCUCGUCGCCGCCGCCGCCGAAGGAUAUCAGCCCGAGCUCGCUCUCGUGGAACUAUGCGACCAACUCGGGUGGCGCGCCGGCGUCGAUUGGACAGGCGGGAUUGGGGCCGGAGGUCAGUCCGCCAUUGCCGACGCAGCCUGGGUCUGCGGCGGGUCCGCCUGGGACGGGCGGGAGAGGUGGGCCUCCUCCGCCGCCGCCGACUGGAGGAUCGGGCUCGCCCUUGAUCAACGGCCACCGCUUCGAGCCGCAGCCGCCCAACACGGCGGGCUCGCGCCCUCGCUCGACAGACCCCUAUCGCCGCACCUCGGGCACGCACCACUCCCCCUCGAACUCGAUCGACCACUCGCCCCGAACUGGUGCGGCUGCUCAUCGUCUCCCGCAGAUCAAGAACUUUGCGGCGGACGGGCGCGGUCCGGCGCCUGUCGCGCAGCGGACGGGUUCGCCACCUUCUCCUCGCACGCGUACGACCGAAGGUGGGAACUCGCAUGUUCCGCCUCCGCCUCCAGGCGGCUAUCCCUUCCCUUCGCACCUUGCUGCGGGUCCUUCUGCGAACGGCGAUGCGAUGGAUUGGGAGCGAGCGGGUGCAUCGAGGCAGGGUAGUUCGGCUGGACCUCGUUCGGCUCAUGGUCCGCCGCCUCCUCCGCCGAGGAUGCACCCUCAUGCGCACCCUCACUCUCCGCCUGUUCAUCCCGCCGCCGCUGCAGGCCACCACGCCCACCACCUCCCUCCUCCUCCUCCUCCGCCUCACCACCCGCACCCGCACCCGCACGCCCACCCUCAUCCCUUCGACCGCCACCCUCCUCCUCCUCCAGCUUCGCGCGGCCCGUUCUAUGACAACCCCCCUCCAGGUCCUUACGGCGGCUACCCACCCGCUGCUUCGUCUUCGGGCGAGUACGCAAGGAGAAGGAGCUCGGGCAGCUCGCAUCCUGGUCAGCCCGCUGCGGGCGAGGUCAAGCCUGAACCGGUCGCGGCUGCUCCGGUGCCUGUGAAGGGCCGCGGAGGACGGAAGAAGGCGAGUACGGAGGAUGGGGAGGGCGGGGCGGGGGCGACGCCUGCGAAGAAGGGUGGGAGGAAGGGGAAGGCUGCUGCGGCGGCGUCGGCUGGGGCGGAUGGAGAGCCCGGCUCGACGACGCCGAAGAAGAAGCGCGAGACGAAGGCUCAGAAGGAGAAGGCUGCUCAAGCGCAGGCGCAGGCUCAGGCUCAGGCUCAGGCGCAGGAGAAGGACGCGGCGGCGAAAGCGGCGGCUGUCUUGAAUGGCGUUGCGAACGCUGCGCGACAACCGCCUCAAGCGCAGUCGCAGUCUCAGCCUCAGCGGAACGUCGACGAGGAUUACGACGAAGGCGUCGAUGCGCUCAUGAGUCUUUCUACGCCGGCGCCGCACGCAAAGGCUUCGCCUGCCGCGCCGAGUCCGAUCCCUGCUCCCGCCUCUGUCCCACCUCCUCAUCCUUCCGUCUCGGCUUCUUCGACGCCCAUACCGCCGACUAUCCCUCCUCCGCCUCCGUCGAACCCGCGCAAACGGUCACUCCAGCCUGAUGCGACCGAGUCGGUUCCUACUGAGACACCUACUUCUGCGUCUGCGUCAACCGAGGCGGCGGAGGCGAAAGACGAGGCGGGCGAACCGGACGCGAAGAGGCAGAAGAACGAUGUUGGCGAAGAGAAGAGCGCCGAGGAGGGCGCAGUCGAGCCGAAGACGAAUGGAGCGGCGAGCGAGGCGGCGAAGGAGCCUGCGCCGACGGAGAAGGGUGACGCUGCGGCCGAGUCGAAGGAAGAGGAGGAGGGAGAGGUGGCUUCUUCCACCGCCGCUUGA